CUUUUUAACGCAUGCAUGAGUCAGCGAAACACUGGCUUCAUGCUGGAGAUUCAUGGCCAGGGCUAAAGAGUUGCUGGGACAUCAUGUGUGAAAGAUGAUCCAAGGCUGGUGACUGAAGGCGAGGCAGAGGAGGAGGAGGUGCAUCCCCUGCAGCUAGAUUAGGCCAGUACUUGCUAAAUGUGUGUCAAUGUGCAUGCCGUCACACCUCACCGUAUGUGUCCAAAGGUCUCCGAUGCCUUAUGCAACUUCACUCAGUAAGACGAUUAGAGAGAAAGCACUUGGAAGAAGCACUGAAACAACAUACCUCUGCCUUAAAAAUAAAGAUGGCAUCGGUGUUCCUGCCAGCACUGGGUCGCAUGGCCGUAUGUGGUGGGACUCAUGGCAAUGAGCUGUCAGGUGUGUAUCUGGUGCAGGAGAUGGAGAGACAGCGGAAGGAGAAGGGCGACAGUGUGUGGCCGAUUCCUGUGAAAACUCUGCUGUCAAACCCGCGGGCUGUGAAAGAGUGCAGAAGAUAUAUUGACACGGAUAUGAACCGCUGCUUUCGCACAGCCACGCUGAGUUCACUGACAGACAGCAGCCCAUAUGAAGUCCGACGCGCUCAGGAACUGAACAAUCUGCUGGGACUGAAAGGAUCUGCAGAUGCAAUAGACAUGAUCUGUGACCUCCAUAACACCACAUCUAACAUGGGCCUCACACUCAUCCAUUACACAACCAGUGACUGGGCGACCAUGCACAUCUGCAAAUACUUACAGACUAAGAUAACCAAAGUGCCUGUGAGAGUUCUGGUAAUGGAUGUCCCGAUUAGUGAUGCAUAUUCCUUGGAGUCUGUCUCCAAGCAUGGCUUUUCAAUAGAGGUCGGGCCGCAGCCACACGGUGUCGUCAGGGCUGACAUCUAUUUGAUUAUGAAAGAGGCCGUCGACAUGACAAUAGACUGGAUCCACAAGUUCAACUCAGGAACAGUAUUUGAAGGCGGGGAUAUGGAAGCCUUCAAGUUUAUCAAAAGUAUUGAUUAUCCCAGAGAUCCCGAGACUCGGACUCUCACGGCUGCUAUUCAUCCUCAGCUGCAGGACAGGGACUUCUGUCUCCUCAAGCGGGGUGACCCUUUGUUUUUGUCAUUUUCUGGAGAAACUGUGAAGUAUGAAGAAGAAGAGUCCCUUCACCCUUUCUUUAUCAAUGAGUGUGCCUACUACGAAAAGGGAAUCGCUUUUCACUUGGCAAAAAAGUUGAAGCUGACGAUUCCAACGGUGCAAGUGAAGAAAGACUGAAGAAGAAAAUAAAUUACAUAUAUAAUUAUAUUUAAAAAUAUAGUAAAUAUAUUAUUCGGUAUGAUUCCCAAACCAUCCACCAUCAAUCAGAUGAUUUUACUGUGAAAUGAAUGACAGAAUGUCACUAAAAUGAUUUAAAAAACUUCAGUCACUUAUAACUCAGGUAUACACUUGGUACAAUAAUUUUAUAUGACAAUCAAUGGCUCAUUUUGAUCUACUGCUAAAAUAAUGAACAACAAUAUUUUGGAUGAAAAGAUAUUUAUUGUGACCAGCAAAAUGUUCAUUUAUCAGGAAUGCUUACAAAACUGUAUAAAAAAGGCAAAACCAUCUGAAGUAAUUGAGACACCGUCAUGAUUGUGUCACAUUGGGCUGUGGCGUGUGAGGUAUCCUCUUGACUGUAUUGCUCAUAUGCUGCUGCUCUCACCUGAAUGCUUUGAAAAAACCAAGCCUCUCACAGGCUUAGAAUAAAAAGACAAAAACAGAA